AUAAGGGAUUUACUGAAGAAGAAAGACAAAAUGCCUUUCAAAGGGCUUGGUUCACUGAAAGAAAGAUUUUUUAACCCAGGAAAGGAAGAGGUGAAGAACACCAUUAGUGACUCGCUGGGGAAUCUGAGAAGGAAGAUCGAUGGCACCCACGUGGAGGAGGAGCCCCUGGAGCUGACGGCGGAGGGGCGGCCCGUGGCGGCGAGCAGCCGCAGGCCCGCGCUGUGCCAGUGCUACUGCUGCGGCCUGCCCAAGCGCUACAUCAUCGCCAUCAUGAGCGGCCUGGGCUUCUGCAUCUCCUUCGGCAUCAGGUGCAACCUGGGCGUGGCCAUCGUGGAGAUGGUCAACAACAACACCGUCUAUGUCGAUGGGAAGCCAGAGCUGCGGUCAGCCCAAUUCAACUGGGAUCCAGAGACUGUAGGACUCAUUCAUGGCUCUUUUUUCUGGGGUUACAUUGUGACACAAAUUCCAGGAGGGUUCAUCUCAAACAAAUUGGCUGCUAACAGGGUAUUUGGUGCAGCUAUCUUUCUAACAUCUACACUGAACAUGAUCAUCCCUUCUGCAGCCAGAGUGCAUUAUGGCUGUGUGAUGUUUGUAAGGAUUCUUCAAGGUUUGGUGGAGGGUGUCACGUACCCAGCCUGCCACGGGAUGUGGAGCAAGUGGGCCCCGCCGCUGGAGAGGAGCAGGCUGGCUACCACUUCAUUCUGUGGGUCCUACGCAGGUGCGGUGGUGGCCAUGCCCCUGGCAGGUGUGCUGGUACAGUACAUAGGAUGGUCAUCAGUCUUUUAUAUUUAUGGAAUGUUUGGGAUUGUUUGGUAUGUGUUUUGGCUGCUUCAUGCCUAUGAGAGCCCUGCUGUGCAUCCAACAAUAACCAGUGAAGAAAGAAUAUAUAUAGAAACAAGUAUAGGAGAAGGAGCCAGCCUAGCUAAUGCAAGUAAAUUUAGUACUCCGUGGAAGAGAUUUUUCACUUCAAUGCCGGUUUAUGCAAUCAUUGUGGCAAACUUCUGCAGAAGUUGGACCUUCUAUUUGCUCCUUAUAAGUCAGCCUGCUUACUUUGAAGAAGUCUUUGGAUUUGCAAUAAGCAAGGUUGGCCUUUUGUCAGCAGUUCCUCACAUGGUCAUGACAAUCAUUGUGCCCAUUGGAGGGCAACUAGCUGACUUCUUACGGAGCAGGAAGAUCUUAACCACUACCACUGUAAGGAAGGUCAUGAACUGUGGAGGCUUUGGCAUGGAAGCAACCUUGCUUUUGGUGGUUGGUUAUUCUCACACAAAAGGUGUGGCUAUUUCCUUUCUGGUGUUAGCAGUGGGCUUCAGUGGCUUUGCAAUUUCAGGCUUCAAUGUGAAUCACUUGGACAUAGCCCCUCGUUAUGCCAGCAUUCUGAUGGGGAUCUCCAACGGCGUGGGGACUCUGUCAGGAAUGGUGUGCCCACUCAUCGUUGGUGCAAUGACAAAACAUAAGACCCGUGAAGAAUGGCAGAACGUCUUUCUGAUUGCAGCCCUGGUGCAUUACAGCGGUGUGAUAUUCUACGCUAUCUUUGCCUCUGGGGAGAAGCAGGAAUGGGCUGACCCGGAAAACCUCAGUGAAGAGAAAUGUGGAAUAAUUGAUCAGGAUGAACUGGCAGAAGAAACAGAGAUGAACAAUGAAACUUUUGUAAGUCCAAAGAAAACGUAUGGUGCUACCAGUCAAAAUAGCGAAGUACAGAGAAGGGAAUGGAGGAAGCAAAGGCAAGUAACUCAAGACAUGGAGGAACAGACUUCUUACCAUUAUGAAAAUGGAAAUUUUCAAGAUUUGUCUUAACACUUGAAACUGUAAGAUUUGUAUAGCAGCUGCUCCCAUGACUCCUGCCUAGCUGCCC